GGGCGCUCUACGGUGGCCGAGAGGAUGCCGCUGCUGUGUUAGUAACGAGGCAAGAAGCACGGCCGGGAGGUGCAGGGAGCUACGUUUCUCUAAUCUAGCCCCCCCCCCCCCCCGGUCUCGAGGAGGGUGCCCCGGCAGCCGUCACCAUGGUGAAGGAGCAGUUCCGAGAGACAGAUGUGGCCAAGAAAAUAAGCCACAUCUGUUUUGGAAUGAAGUCACCUGAGGAGAUGCGCCAGCAGGCGCACAUCCAGGUUGUGAGUAAGAACCUGUAUAGCCAGGACAACAACCACGCCCCCUUGCUGUAUGGUGUGCUUGACCAUAGGAUGGGUACAAGUGAGAAGGACCGUCCUUGCGAGACCUGUGGGAAGAACCUGGCUGACUGUCUGGGACACUACGGGUACAUUGACUUGGAGUUGCCAUGCUUCCACGUGGGCUACUUCAGAGCAGUUAUAGGCAUCUUACAGAUGAUCUGUAAAACCUGCUGCCACAUCAUGCUGUCCCAGGAGGAGAAGAAGCAGUUUCUGGAUUAUCUGAAGAGACCCGGCCUGACCUACCUCCAGAAACGUGGCCUGAAGAAGAAAAUCUCUGAUAAGUGCCGGAAGAAAAACAUCUGCCAUUACUGUGGUGCUUUUAAUGGUACUGUAAAGAAAUGUGGAUUACUGAAGAUAAUUCAUGAGAAAUACAAGACCAACAAAAAAGUGGUGGAUCCUAUUGUGUCAAAUUUCCUUCAGUCUUUUGAAACAGCCAUCGAGCAUAACAAAGAAGUAGAACCACUGCUGGGAAGGGCGCAGGAAAACCUGAAUCCCUUAGUAGUUCUGAAUUUAUUUAAACGAAUCCCAGCUGAAGAUGUCCCUCUACUUCUAAUGAACCCAGAAGCUGGAAAGCCCUCUGAUUUGAUUCUCACGCGACUUUUAGUGCCCCCUUUGUGUAUCAGACCCUCCGUCGUGAGUGAUUUGAAGUCUGGCACCAAUGAAGAUGAUCUGACAAUGAAACUGACAGAAAUCAUUUUCCUAAAUGAUGUCAUCAAAAAGCAUCGCAUAUCAGGAGCUAAGACCCAGAUGAUCAUGGAAGACUGGGAUUUCCUGCAGCUGCAGUGCGCCCUCUACAUUAACAGUGAGCUCUCGGGCAUCCCCCUCAACAUGGCGCCCAAGAAAUGGACCAGAGGUUUUGUCCAGCGCCUAAAGGGAAAACAGGGUCGAUUUAGAGGCAACCUUUCAGGAAAGAGAGUGGAUUUUUCUGGCAGAACAGUCAUCUCACCUGACCCCAACCUCAGGAUUGAUGAGGUAGCCGUGCCAGUUCACGUGGCCAAAAUUCUUACUUUUCCUGAGAAGGUGAACAAAGCAAACAUCAACUUUUUGAGGAAACUGGUUCGAAAUGGCCCUGAAGUUCACCCAGGAGCCAAUUUCAUUCAGCAGAGACACACACAGAUGAAAAGGUUUUUGAAGUACGGAAAUAGGGAAAAGAUGGCUCAGGAGCUCAAGUACGGGGACAUCGUGGAGAGGCACCUCAUAGAUGGAGAUGUGGUGCUGUUCAAUCGGCAGCCCUCACUGCACAAAUUGAGCAUUAUGGCGCAUCUGGCCAAGGUCAAGCCGCACCGGACCUUCAGAUUUAACGAGUGUGUCUGUACACCCUACAAUGCGGAUUUUGAUGGUGAUGAGAUGAACCUUCAUCUUCCUCAAACAGAAGAAGCUAAAGCAGAGGCUCUUGUUCUCAUGGGGACGAAAGCAAAUCUUGUAACACCAAGGAAUGGAGAACCACUGAUUGCUGCUAUUCAGGACUUUCUAACAGGCGCCUAUCUCCUCACUCUUAAGGACACUUUCUUUGACCGAGCCAAGGCCUGCCAAAUCAUUGCUUCAAUAUUAGUUGGCAAGGAUGAGAAAAUUAAAGUUCGCCUCCCACCACCUACAAUAUUAAAGCCUGUCACCCUGUGGACAGGAAAGCAGAUAUUCAGCGUCAUCCUCAGACCUAGUGAUGACAAUCCAGUAAGGGCCAAUCUCCGAACCAAGGGAAAGCAGUACUGUGGCAAAGGAGAAGAUCUCUGUGUCAACGAUUCCUACGUUACCAUCCAGAACAGUGAGUUGAUGAGCGGCAGCAUGGACAAGGGAACGUUGGGAUCAGGAUCGAAGAACAAUAUUUUUUACAUUUUGCUGCGAGACUGGGGGCAGAACGAAGCUGCCGAUGCAAUGUCACGGCUUGCCAGGCUGGCUCCUGUCUACCUCUCAAACCGUGGAUUCUCCAUCGGGAUUGGUGACGUCACACCUGGUCAAGGGUUGCUAAAGGCCAAGUAUGAGUUGCUGAAUGCUGGCUAUAAAAAAUGUGAUGAAUACAUUGAAGCCCUAAACACAGGAAAGCUGCAGCAGCAGCCUGGCUGCACCGCUGAGGAGACUCUAGAGGCUCUAAUCCUGAAGGAGCUGUCUGUGAUCCGCGACCACGCGGGCAGUGCCUGCCUCCGGGAACUGGAUAAGAGCAAUAGCCCACUCACCAUGGCUCUGUGCGGCUCCAAAGGUUCUUUCAUUAACAUAUCACAGAUGAUUGCCUGUGUAGGACAGCAAGCCAUCAGUGGCUCUCGAGUGCCAGAUGGCUUUGAAAACAGGUCCUUGCCUCACUUUGAAAAACACUCAAAGCUCCCAGCUGCCAAAGGCUUUGUGGCUAAUAGCUUUUAUUCCGGUUUGACACCGACCGAGUUUUUCUUCCACACAAUGGCUGGCCGGGAAGGUCUAGUCGACACAGCCGUAAAGACUGCUGAAACGGGAUACAUGCAGAGAAGGCUUGUCAAGUCCCUUGAAGAUCUUUGCUCACAAUACGAUCUGACAGUCCGAAGCUCCACGGGUGAUAUUAUCCAGUUCAUUUACGGGGGAGAUGGCUUGGAUCCUGCAGCUAUGGAGGGAAAAGAUGAACCUUUAGAGUUCAAAAGGGUUCUGGACAACAUCAAAGCAGUCUUCCCGUGUCAGAGCGAGCCUGCGCUGAGUAAAAACGAGCUGGUCCUGACCACGGAGUCAAUCAUGAAGAAGACGGAGUUCCUCUGCUGCCAGGACAGCUUCCUGCAGACCUUAACUGAGACAGGCUAUGAGAAGUACAAUGAGGAAAUAAAAAAAUUCAUUAAGGGUGUUUCUGAGAAGAUCAAGAAAACCAGAGACAAAUACGGCAUCAACGAUAACGGCACAACAGAGCCCCGGGUGUUGUACCAGUUGGACCGGAUCACCCCCACCCAGAUUGAGAAGUUCCUGGAGACCUGCAGGGACAAGUACAUGAGGGCACAGAUGGAGCCGGGUUCUGCGGUGGGCGCUCUCUGUGCCCAGAGCAUUGGUGAACCAGGCACCCAGAUGACCCUGAAGACUUUCCACUUUGCGGGCGUGGCCUCCAUGAACAUCACCCUGGGUGUGCCCCGGAUCAAAGAGAUCAUCAACGCUUCCAAGGCCAUCAGCACUCCCAUCAUCACAGCCCAGCUGGACAAGGACGACGACGCAGACUACGCUCGCCUCGUGAAGGGCAGAAUUGAGAAAACCCUCUUGGGAGAGAUUUCAGAGUAUAUUGAAGAAGUGUUUCUUCCGGAUGAUUGCUUUAUCCUCGUCAAACUCUCCCUGGAACGGAUCAGACUUCUGAGACUGGAAGUGAACGCUGAGACAGUGCGGUAUUCCAUCUGCAUGUCUAAGCUCCGUGUGAAGCCUGGUGACGUGGCCGUUCACGGUGAGGCCGUGGUGUGCGUCACCCCCAGAGAGAACAGCAAAAGCUCCAUGUACUAUGUGCUGCAGUUCCUGAAAGAGGAUCUCCCCAAGGUGGUGGUACAGGGCAUCCCAGAGGUUUCCAGAGCUGUCAUCCACAUCGACGAGCAGAGUGGAAAAGAAAAGUACAAACUCCUGGUGGAGGGCGAUAACCUGCGGGCAGUCAUGGCCACUCACGGUGUGAAGGGCACCCGCACUACCUCCAACAACACCUACGAGGUGGAGAAAACCCUGGGCAUCGAAGCUGCCCGGACAACUAUCAUCAACGAAAUCCAGUACACAAUGGUCAACCACGGAAUGAGCAUUGACAGGAGGCAUGUGAUGCUGCUAUCCGACCUGAUGACCUACAAGGGUGAAGUCCUGGGCAUUACGAGAUUUGGCCUGGCCAAGAUGAAAGAGAGUGUGCUGAUGCUGGCCUCCUUUGAGAAGACAGCCGACCAUCUCUUCGAUGCUGCCUACUUCGGGCAGAAGGACUCCGUGUGUGGGGUGUCUGAAUGCAUCAUCAUGGGGAUCCCCAUGAACAUUGGAACUGGGCUCUUCAAGCUGCUACACAAGGCCGACAGGGACCCAAGCCCUCCCAGGAGGCCCCUGAUCUUCGACACAAAUGAAUUCCACAUCCCCCUUGUUACAUAGUCCAGGGAAGAGGGGACCAUUCCUGACCUUGGCUCCUUGUCCCGUCUGGAAAGGGUCGACAUUGGCGGCCGAUCUGGAGAGCUUGUGCUUCCUGAGACAGACCCUGACAUCCCCACCAUGCUGCCAGGUACCCCAAAGUCACGUGGUUUCUUCCCGGGCGCCACAGCAUGCAGCCGGCAUGCACCCCAGGAGCAGCUCACCAGUGGCCCUGAUCAUACCACAGUGCAUGAUUGGGAGAACUGAGGUUUGUCUGUCUGUUUGAAACCCUGGAGUCACGAGGAGACCCCGGCCAGGCAUCUUUGUCCUUCUCACUUCACCCAUCACACCAUGACCCAGAGCCAGCUAUAAGCCUCACAGUCAGGGCACGUUCCUGGUUUUUCUGUCCCUCAGUCAUGCUAGAAUCUCUCAACAUGGCCUACUCGUGUAAAUGUUACCACUAUUAUUUAUUUGUUCAGUAAAGAGUUUCGUUAUUUGUUA